AUGUCGCGACAAGUAGAUGAUCCACUUGCAUUGAUACCUACAAUUGAUAUUGAUGAUGAUGAUGUUGAUGUACCAGAUCUUGAUGGACCGGAUGAAGAUGAUGAUGAAGAAGAAUUAAUAUCAAAACCACGUGCACAUAAAAUGGCACAAGCUACAAAAGGAAAAGCAUUGGAUUUUAAUGAUCAAUUUCAAUUUUUUCUAGAUGAUCCGGAUGAAAGGAGAAUGUUAAAAGGAAAAGAUAAUAGUGAUGAUUACUUAAAAUCACGAGGAGAAUUAUCAAAUAUUGAUGAAAGAAUAGCUGAACUUCGAAAUCGAAGAAAAAAAAAACCAAAAUCACCAUCUGAAGUAGAAGAAGAAAAACCAUCAACAGAUCAUCUAGAAGAUGAAUCCUAUGAAAUGGAAUUGGAACAAGAACCAGUUGCAGAUAAAAUGAAAACGAAAGAAUCCAAAAAGAAAAAAUCGUUGAAAAAUAAACAACAAGAUGAAUUCUUUGAAGAUUCACCAGCAUUUAGUCCUGAUCAAGUAUUUUCUGAAAUGAAAAUUUCUCGACCAUUAUUAAAAGCUCUUUCAGCAAUGGGUCUACAUUCACCAACUCCUAUUCAAGCAGCUACUGUGCCUAUUGCACUUGCUGGUCGAGAUGUUUGUGCAUGUGCUGUUACAGGAUCAGGAAAGACAAUAGCAUUUUCAUUGCCUAUACUUGAACGACUUCUUUAUAAACCUCAUCAAACUGCACCUUGUACACGUGUACUUGUUUUGGCACCAACACGAGAAUUAUGUGUUCAAAUUCAUCAAGUUUUUCGUCAAUUAACGCAAUUUGCUCAUAAUAUAACUGCUUGUCUUUCAACUGGUGGUUUGGAUUUAAAAUCUCAGGAAGCAGCAUUACGUUUACAACCUGAUGUUGUUAUUGCUACACCUGGUCGUUUAAUCGAUCAUAUCCAUAAUUCACCAACAUUUACUUUACAAAAUAUUGAAAUAUUAGUUCUUGAUGAAGCUGAUCGAAUGUUAGAUGAAUAUUAUUUUGAACAAAUGAAAGAAGUUAUUAAUAAUUGUUCACGUACACGUCAAACAAUGCUUUUUUCAGCUACAAUGACUGAUCAAAUUAAAGAUCUUAUUCAAGUAUCAUUAAAUCGUCCUAUUCGAUUAUUUAUUGAUGACAAUCAAUCAGUUGCACCAUAUCUUCGUCAAGAAUUUAUUCGUGUUCGUGAACAUCGUGAAGGUGAUCGAGAAGCAAUUGUAGCUGCUUUACUUACACGAACAUUUCAUGAUCGUGUUAUUGUAUUUGCACAAACAAAAAAACAAUGUCAUCGUAUGCAUGUUAUGCUGGGAUUACUUGGAAUUAAAAUAGGUGAAUUACAUGGUGAUCUUAAUCAAACACAACGAUUAGAUACAUUAAGAAGAUUUAAAAAUGAAGAAAUUGAUAUUUUAAUUGCAACAGAUUUAGCUGCACGUGGUCUUGAUAUUGAUAAUGUGAAAACGGUUAUUAAUUUUAUUUUACCGAAUACACUUAAACAUUAUAUCCAUCGAGUUGGUCGAACUGCUCGAGCAGGAAAAACAGGACGAUCUAUUUCACUUGUUGGUGAAAAUGAACGACAUUUAUUAAAAGAUAUCUUAAAAACAUGUAAAGUUCCAGCUAAAAUGCGUAUUAUUCCACAAGAAAUUAUUCAAAUCUUUCGCAAUAAACUUGAAGAACUUGAACCUGAUAUUGAAGAAGUUCUUAAAAUGGAAUAUGGUGAUAAAAUGCUUAAAUCAUGUGAAACACAAAUUGAUCGAGCUGAAAGACAAUUAAAACAAGCUAAAGCUUCGAUAACUGCUCCUGAACGUGAAUGGUUUCAAACUCGAAAUGAACGUAUGAAAGAACAAGACAAAUUACGUUUAGAUACUCAUAGUAAUAAAAAAAAGAAAUUUUCAAAAGAAGAACGUGAAGAAAUUCAAAAAACAAAAUCAACUCCAAAAACAGCUGAUGAUCGUGUAAAAUUUGAAAUGCAAAAAGUUUCACAAUUUCAAUCACGUCAUCCUACUGAAAUGAAAACGAAAAAACGAUCACGAGAUGCUUCAUCGUUUAAAACUGAUUUAACACUUGAUAAAAAACAACGAAGAUCAAAAUCAGCAGGAGCACCACCACCAACAAAGAAAAGCAAACGAUAA